AUGUCGACCAAUUGGCCUCCAACAAACAAGCAAGGUUCCAUAUCAUCACCUUUCCCUGGACAAGUUAACACUGUCCAGCAGAGUCCAUUUCCUGGUCAAGGAAGCAAUCCUCCACAGGGAACACCUUUCCCAGGUGUUCCACAAAGUAAAGCACCUGGAGUGCCGUUAACAGCAAGUUUGGAUUACAAUCAACAAAUACCACCGGCAUUUUCAGAAAGCAUACCACCUCCUACACCUCCUCCAAAACAGGCGGCACCUGUACCCCUCUCAAAGGCCCAGGACUCUAUAAAAUCGGAACCUAGCGGAAAGAAUGUAAAAUCCUCAUUGCAAUCUCAUGUAUUUCAUGAGGAUUUGGGAGUUACGACCUUGAUUGGUCAGAAAAGUUCUUCAAUCUCCUCAAAGACAGAAGACGAUGCUUUGGAAAGUCUGCAAUUGAUGAAUUCAACAUCGCAUUUCGUAAAGACUACGGUAUCUCUACUUCCAUCGAGCUCAACUCUAUUGCAAAAGGCACAGAUCAAUUUGGGUUAUAUUAUACGCCCCCUGGCUCCGCUGCCUGAAGGAGAAGCUGAAAUUCCCUUGGUAAAUUAUGGAACUGAUCCCAUUACUAGGUGCACACAAUGCCGCACAUACAUUAAUCCCUACGUGAGAACUGAUCCUAGCAAACGGUUUUGGAUUUGUAAUCUCUGUGAAACAUCUAAUGAGAUGCCUGCCAGAUAUGGAAAUAAUUUGGUAGAUGAGCAAUCAUUGCCACCAGAGUUUAAUUGUGCAGUCAUGGAAUACAUGGCAUCGGCUGAUUACACCGUAAGGCCACCGCAGCCUCCAACUAUAAUGUUUGUUAUAGAUGUUUCGUCUUCUGCUGUAAACUCCAGGAUGCUAGAAGUCGUCUGUAACACAAUUGCGGAUUUGAUUAGGAAUGAUGAAUUGCCGGGUGGGCCAAGAACUAUGGUAGGAAUAAUGACAUAUGAUACUUCGGUACACUUUUAUCAAUUGAGCAAAGGGGUUGAAAAUUUGCAGGUCUUGGUAGUUUCUGAUCUUGAAGAUUUGUUUUUGCCUCUCUCUGGUGAGAUACUUCUAAACCUUUCAGAGUCUGCAGAUGAUAUCUUGAAACUUUUAGAACUCCUACCAAGCACAUGGAAGGAUAAUAAUAUCGUAGGGAGUGCAAUGGGGAGUGCGAUUAGAGCUGCUCAUUAUGCCAUGAAACAUGUGGGUGGUAAAAUGUGUGUUUUCACAUCCUCUCCCAGCUAUUUUGGUGAUUUUGCUCUGAAUUCUUCACAAACUGCCCGUGAUAAAAAGGGGCCAAAAUUACAACCAUUAGACAAAUGCAAGGAAUUCUCCACUAUGGUUUGUCAGACACAGGUUUCUUUGGAACUUUUUGUUUGUACUCCCCAAAACUUGAAUUUACCUGCAUUACAUCACUUAUCUUCGCAGACUUCUGGUUCUGUACACUAUUUCCCACUAAAGAAUCACCAGGGAAACCUUAAGUUAUCUCAAGAACUUAGACAUGUAAUAACCAGGGAAACAUGUUGGGAGUCUGUAAUGAGAAUUAGAAUAAGUAAGGGAUGGAAGAUUACGAAUUGGUUUGGAAAUUGUUAUAUUAGAGGUUCUGAUUUGAUGGUUUUGCCAAAUUGCCACAGUGAUCAUACAUUUUCUAUAACUUUCCAGCAAGAGGAUGGCGUUGUCCCCAAAAAGGUGGCCUACUUUCAGACGGCAUUCUUGCAUACAAAUUCACAUGGAGAACGUAGGAUUAGAGUAUUCAACAGUGCGUUGCCUAUUAGUGGGAACUUGAAUGACGUUUUGCUCUCAUUAAAUCCAGAAGCCGCUCUGGUAACUACCGCACAAUUGGCAAUUAACGCGGGAUUGAAUGGAAAACUUCCAGAUGCCAGAAAUAUGGUACAAAACAUUUGUAGUAAGAUCAGUGCAAGCUUAUCAGCGCUAACACCGAUCCCUGACUCUUGCAAGAUCUUUAUAAUGUAUAUUCUAGGUCUAUUAAAGUCGACUGCAUUUAUUGAAAAUAUAAACCCGGAUUUAAGAAUUUAUCAUUGGCUCAGGUUGCGAUCUUUACCACUUGAGGAUAUAAUUGCGUAUUCAUAUCCUAGGUUGGUACCGAUUCAUGACCUUCCAAAUGACAUUCCCUCGGUAAAUAGUGCAUCAAUACCACCACCUCUGCACCUCACUCACGAGAGUCUAACACAAGAGGGUGCAUAUCUACUUGAAAAUGGUGAAUCUAUGAUAAUCUGGAUAGGAAGGAACAUUUCUCCACAGUGGCUUCAAGCUGUAUUCGAUGCUCCUUCGUUUGAUCAUCUGCAACCACACAUUGCAGAGUCUUGUAUGGAUAGUCAGAAAAAUCCAACAGCAAUCAGGGUGUCUUCUGUAAUAAAGGCAAUAAGGGACACUCGUCUCCCAUAUAUGAGCCUCAAGGUAAUCAAACAAGGUGACGAAUCCGAACCAACUUUUUAUUCACACCUUAUACACGACAAGACCCAGGGAAUGCUUAUCACUCUCAAGGAUUUUAUCAGCUCAAUGGCACCUAGAACACAGCUACAUGUGCAACCAACUCUCGGAUAAUCUCUUGUUCUUAUUC